GCUACUCCCUAAGGAAACGUACCAGCAGCCAACUUCUCAAGCUUUUCUUCUUUGGAGCUUGAAAACCAUGGAUAUCGAUGGUUCUUCUUUUUCCUCCUCAAAAAAUGGACUAUAUGAGCCGUUAGCAAGAGGAUUUGCUGCCAUCGAAGCGGCAACAGAACGAGAUACCAAAUUGCCAGAACUUGGCGACAUCAUUGGACAUGUCCAUUCUCCAGAAUAUGUCAGUCAGCCGUUGAACGGCUGGAAACCGUUUUAUUUACGCUCAGUAAUCAACAUUCCGGACCGCAUUUUUGAGCAAUAUAAUCGAACUGAAUGCUUUACCCAGAUGGGAUUGUUUUCUGAAAUACAACGUGCAUGGAUCACAGUAGACAAUCGUCUUUUCCUCUGGGACUAUUUAUCUGGCCAGAACUUUCAGGCAUAUGAAGAUCUUUCGCAUACAAUCGUCAGUGUAAAGCUUGUUAUACCAAAGAAAAAUGUGUUCGUAGAGGAAGUACAGUAUUUACUGGUAAUUGCUACCACCCAGGAGAUUAUUUUACUUGGCGUUUCCAUUGAUAAAAUUACCGGAGAGCUCACAUUUUAUUCCACUGGAAUGCAAAUCUCAAUUCCUGGAUUAAACGUAAACAAUAUUGUUUCUUCUAAGGAUGGCCGUAUUUUCUUUUCCGGUAAUAGAGACCCUAACUUGUACGAAUUCUUUUAUCAGUCUGAUGAGGGUUGGUUUUCUCGUAGGUGCAGCAAAGUAAACCUUACAGGAUCAGCAAUCGAUAACUUUGUCCCAUCUUUUUUCUCUUAUGGUGUUCAUGGAGACGGUGUUAAACAGAUUGCAGUGGAUGAUUCACGAAGUUUGCUUUAUGUCUUGCGUGAAAGCUCCUCUGUUAGUUGCUAUGAAAUUUCUAGUAAUAAUGUUCAUCGUUGUGUUUCUUAUUCUUUCAAUUCCAUGGUCUCCCAGGCUCAAAUGCUGAAUGCCUCUUCCGUCUUGCUUGAUCCAAGAAGCACCAAGCUUGUAUCAAUUGUUCCUGUUCCUGCUUAUGAAUCUCAACAAAUUUAUUGUGUUGCUAUAACUUCCACUGGUUGUCGAUUUUACAUGAGAGGCGGUCGUAGUGCUACUUCCUAUUUUGAAACCUCUGACGGUUCUUUUGCUACGCAUCCUCCUAGUACUUUACAAAUAACCCACAUUCGUUUCCCUCCUUCUUUCCAGGUCAAUGACUAUCAGCCCAAGCGCCAAUUUUCUGGGUCUUCCUUUUUCCCUCAAAGUCAAUCAGUGUCACAGCAGCCACCUCAAGACCUUCCUGUUCAAGCUAAGCGCAAUGUCAUGAAUUGUUCCUCCUUGAGUUCGAUAUUCACCUUUGAUUUAUUUUUCGCUAUAAGUUCUUCUGAUGCUAAUGCAGGUGAUACACUUUGUUGUUCUGCUCCUGAAAUGGGAAGAAUUGCCAAUGCUUGGCAAAGCGGCUCUCAGCCUUCAUUAGUUGAGUCUGCCAUGUACCUUCCGAUUAAGGGAUUUGUACAGGACGUUAAAUGUCUACAGAAUUCUGAAGAGCGUAAUGAGCUUGUCUCACAGUUUAAUACACCUCCUCCCAGUUUUGCUGUUCUUACAAACACAGGUGUUUACAUCAUUGUUCAUCGUCGACCCGUUGACAUUCUUGCUUCUGCUAUUCGUAUGGGACCCUCUUCUUCUUCCGGAAUCGACGGACAAGUCCAAAUGUUUUUCGAAAGUGUUGGACGUGCUGAGGGUUGUGCCACUUGUUUGGGUAUCAUUAGCGGUCGUCUUGAUCAAAACGAUUUUAGUGCUAGCAGUGCUAACUUUGCUGGCCCUACCACAAAGUUGACUCAAGCUGAUCUCUUGGAAAUUGCUAAAAAAUAUUUCAUUGAAUUUGGCGGUAAAGCUUUUAUUGACCAGUCUCGCUAUAACAACCAGUAUGAUGCCUCUUCCUUCGAACUUGUACGUCUAUCAGGUUGUCAUGACGGCCUUGCUUCUUCUAUUUCACGUUUGAUACGUACAAUUUGGAAAAAACCGGUUAUGAUAACCGUGGCCAAUUCGAAAAACCAAGUCAACUAUGCACCUUCUUUUAAAGCUGACGAAUUGCUGAAAAUUCAAUCUGGCUUACUUUCUCUAUCCAACUUUUUAGAAAGCAACAAAAGUUUUAUUGAAGGCCUAAAUGGUACUGAUUCCUUAGUCGGAUCUUCUAAUAUGGGAGAAGAAAUUGCUGUGCAAGCAGAACACAGAGCUUUAUCAGCGUUAAUGUUGGUUCUUCAGCAAGUGAUUGAAGGAAUAUCUUUCCUUUUAUUCCUCAACGAAAGUGAUGUUUCUGAUCUUAAUGCAAUUACUUCCUCAAUAUCUCCUGAAUCUCGAAGCUUAUGCUCAAAGCUAACGUUCGGUGAAUUUUUUACAUCUAAAAAUGGUAGAGAGGUGACGAAAGAGCUCGUUAAUGCCUUGGUCAACAAGCACCUUCAAGCUGGUGGUAAUAUUGAUUUGGUAAGCCAAUUAUUACGAAAGAGAUGUGGAAGUUUCUGUAGUGCAGAUGAUGUGCUUGUUUUUAAGGCUGUAGAGUCUUUGAAAAAAGCUAAAGAAACCGUUGAUAUUGAAGAUCGCCAAUCUUUAGUCGAACUUUCUUACAAUCUUUUCAAAAAAUCGGCUCAUGUUUUUACUCCCGAAGAUCUUCGGUUGGCUGUCGAAGAAUACAAGUAUUUAAAUUCUUAUGUGUCUGCGGUCAAUUUAGCACUACAUGUAGCAAGUGCUCGUGACGACAAGGAUCAAGCUCUUUCAUAUCUUAUUGAUGGUAUGCCACAAAAUGAUACCCGUGCUGAUGUCUUUGCAAAUCGUUCUAAAUGUUAUCAAUAUGUGUUCCAGAUUCUUGAUGAUUUAGAAUCCAAAUCAUCUGAAGAAUCUACUCAAACCAAAAUGUCUGUUUAUAGUGCAUUACAGCAAUCAAAAGAUGAACUUUUUCAUUACUGUUUCUAUGACUGGUAUGCAAGCAAAGGUUUUGCAGAUCGAUUGAUUGAGAUAGAUUCACCUUAUAUUCAAAACUAUCUGGAAAGAAACAGCGCAAAAGACGUACAAAUUGCAAAUUUACUUUGGCAGUUUUACGCUAAGAGAGAAAUGUACUAUUAUGCAGCUAUCGUUCUUUAUGAUUUGGCGACAAGCAAUCUUUCUUUAAAUCUUGAACAACGAAUUGAAUAUUUAACCCGUGCUAAAGGCUUUGGAAGCUGCCACAUUCCGAGCCUUUUGCGCCAGAAAAUGAAUAAGGUAAUGCUUAGUGUGUGUGAACAGCUGGAAGUCGCUAGUAUUCAAGAUGACCUUUUGAUUACCAUCCUUAAUGAUGUAAAAAUACCAGCUUCAAAACAACAAGAACUUUCUAGUCAGCUGAAUGUUGAAAUAUUAUCACUUACAGAGUUGUUUAAUAAUUUUGCUGAUCCUUUGGGAUAUGGUGAGAUAUGUUUGUCUAUUUUCCAAAGUGCUGAUUAUCACGGACUCGCUGAGAUCGUUGGUUGUUGGGAAUUCAUUAUUAAAACAACACAUGAGAAUGCGGUAACUUCACCCAUUGGAUCUUCUCCAGUGGAUUCAGUUGCUUCUACUUUGAAAAAUCUCACACUUCGGUUUUCUCAGUUUGAAAAUGUUUUCCCUGUAGAGAAGAUUGUUGCUCUUGCCGAGAAUUAUAGUUUUGAUCAACAAAGUGAAUCUGUAUCAACUGGCUGGGUUGUCGAUGUUUUUUUAAGUGCUGGUAUAUCUCAUGAAUUGAUGUUUAUUAUUUUGAAUCAGCUCUAUGACCGUAGGGAGAAGCCUUGGCAAGGAAAAGACAGAUUACUUUAUCUUGUGAAAGAAAUCUCACACCUGUUGAAGUUAUGGUACGAUGUCAGUCUUAAGGCCGGUGUUGCCCAAGCAUUUAAGCCAAAUUUUGAUGCUCCUUUUGUUCUUGAAGCCAUUGAAAAAUAUAAGGCUGUUUUAACUGAUCCUAAAUCUACGAACUGUAAAGAAGAAUUACAAUCUUUGGAGUCAGCAAUCCGCCAAACUUACUAAAAUUAAAUGGUUAGAUUCUAAGUCUCAGCUAAGAUCUCUUACUAUAUAUAGAAUUCAAGAUAGUCAGAAUAUUUACGAUGUUUUCGGGUAAAACUUAAUAGAAUUUGUGUCCAGG